AUGACGGCGUCAAAUUCAAUUCGAUCGCAUUUCAUGCGACUAAUUUUCGAUGCCGAAACCUGUGAAGCGCUCGAGUUACUUCUGACUACGCUCGGCAAUGAGAAUGGCUUCCACGAAGUCGUCGAUUGUAUCACCGCCUGGCAGGACCUGGUCGACAGCGAGGAUUCAGCACUACGGCCGCUUGUGGAAUGUCUGGACGAUGACGAUAGCGCCGUGCCACAGAGAGCUAUCGCUCUCGUCAACGCGCUGAUUCGUCACGCACCUGACGAAGCGCGGGCCUUCCGAAUCAAAAACGAGCUCUCAGGUUAG